GGCGCGCCACAGAAGAAGCUGGAGAUCAGUGUAAACAUUUAAUAUUUGCGUUUUCAUUGUAAUAAUUACAGAUGUGACAGUGACAGCGGAGAAGUGUUGGUGUCCAGACGGAUGGAGGAGUUUCUAAAACACUUUAAAAACCACAGCAGAGCGGAGCAGCGUUGGCUGUCUGUGGUGUUUGAGGCUGUGAAACAGCAGCUUCAUCCUCUCAUCGCCGCGUCUCUGUGUCUGUCUGUGUCUCGUCUGUCUCUGGCCGUGGUUCAGAAGGUUCAGACGGCGCUCGGGUCAAACGCCACUGAUUUACCUGUCAGCUACAGGUUUGUGUCCGUGUCGGAGCUGAUCCGUGAUCAGAGAACCGCCUGCUGCAGCAGCCUGAGCUGGAGCUCCGCCCACUACCGGGAUCAAGCCAGGGGGGCGGAGCUUAAGCUGCCCAGUUAUAAAGCUCUCCCACGUGACAACCUGCUUCUGAUUGGCUUCCUGUGUGACGGACGGGGCGAUGGGGCCAGUGACGGGGUGUGGAGAGUCAGAGACGCGGGAGGAAGUGUAGCGUGUGCGAUGCUGAAGUCGUCUUGUCUCUGGUUGGGGAGGCUUAUGCUGUUUCCCUCAUGGAGCUACAUACCCCAUAAUGCACCUGCAGCGGGUUACCUAGAGCUGCUGGAACCUCCGGUGUGUGUGACCCUCGAGACCAUGGCCUUUGACCCCGGAGGAGCCCUGAGUGAGGUCAUGAGCGUGACAGGAGCCGCUGAACUCCUCCGGCAGAGGUGUGAGGAUCAGGCAUGUGUGUGUGUCAGCGGCCAGGUGAGCGUCGUCUGUCCUCUGCUGGUGAUCCGUGGGAAACGAUUCUUCUGCCUCAUUCUCAGUGAAGGAGGAUCCUCAGUGCCUGUGUUCAUCACGGAAGCCAAGCAUCAGUAUUGGAGGCAGUGUGUGUGUGUCGGCCAGAGCGUGUGGAUCUCGUCUCUGCGUGUGUGUUCACUGGAGGGCAUGGAGGGCCGGCGUGUGCUGACGGACAGCUGUCAAUCACGCCUCCAUCCCCACCUGCAGCUGCAGGAGAACUCAGAGGAUCCAGACACACACACAGACUCCUUCACUGCAGACUCACACACAGACACACACACCGCAGAGACCCACACCGCAGACACACACCUGUGCUCCGCCUCCGGCCCUGCAGUCAGAGUAAAACGCUCCACGCUCAUCAGCUUUAAGGGUACGGUCACAAAGAUCUUAAAUGAAGAGGCGGGGCUUUAUGAGAUUGACGGACAGGUGGGGCUUUGUCUGGCCUAUCAGCCGGCUCAGAAAUGGGGCGGUGGCUUGAGGCCAGGGGCGGAGAUUCAGCUUCACAAUGUUCACUUCAUGUACCGCGCUUCCCCGUUCGCUCCGCAUGUGGUUCUGUGUGCAUGUCUACGCUCCAGCCUGCAGAUUACUGCCUUCAGCUGCUUGAGUUCAAAGGUGGAGGUGUCAGGGUCACACGGGCCACUGCAGCGCCUCCUGCUGGAGAAGAAUCUGGGUGCGUCACAGUAUCUCUGGCUCUGCUACUGUCAGAACGCCAUCGCUGAGAGGUUGUGUCCGCGCUGGGUGAGAGCGGAGCGACUGUGUGUGGUUGCUGAGCGACUGCUGGACUUUGUGUGUGAUGCUGAACGGAAGACGCCAAAAAAGAGAAACAUUUACAAAGAGAUGAUACAGGAGCCACACCAGUGCCCAGUUACCAUGUUCUGUGUGUGGUGGCCGUCUGUGGCGCUGUGGUCGAUGAGGCAGCUGUCUGAUUGGAUGAAGCAAGAGGUGUGGGCGUCUCUCUCGCUGAAGUCUCUCCUGCCUCCGUCUGCGCCUCACAUGACAGCACUGGAGCUGAACGCCAUGCUGUCCUGGUCUGUUCAUGAGGUCCCAUUGACAGGAUGCGUCCCCGGGCCGCUGCUGUUAGUUGGGGUUCUAGAGUUGGACUCGACCCGCGCCACAAUGCAGCUCAGAGAUCAAACGCACGCACUCGACUGCCUGUGUGUCACAACACACCAAUCCGGAGCCAGAACCACACAAAUCAACACCGCCUGGCAGGGUUGUCUAGUGUGUGUGCGACGCUGUACGUUAGUCAUGGAGAGGUUCAUGAAGACAAAUUUCCCUUCGUGGAAACACCUGGAUCAGCCGUGUUACAUCACACACAAACACUGCAGGGUUUAUCUACAGCUGUGUGUGGAUGAUCUGACCAUCAUCAGUCCGACUGCGGCCAUGAGCUGCCAUCUGAUGCACAACAAACAGACAGACAGAGAGAAAACCAGUGACACAACAGAAAACACUAAGAGACCCAGAGCUGACGAGCCUGCUGACGCUCCGGCAUCUAAACGACCUCUGACCCCUGCACCUAAUGUGAGUUUGCUGUUCAGACUCGAGUCCAAGCAGGGCGUGACGCUACAGAACGGCUCCGCUGAUGCGCUCAGACUGCAGCCGGGCUUCGUGUGCAGAGCCGCUUGUUUCGGAGAUGUUCAGCUCUGGAGCGACGACCCCAAAAACAACCGGACACAGGAACGUGAGAGACUUGGAGACGGUCAGAAGAUUGAGCUGCACUUUAUGGGUUCGUGUGUUCGCUGGUUCCCCGUCCUUCAUCCCGGAUGUGUGUACAGAUUAAUUGCUCGCAACACUGAGGACGUGAGUGUGUUAAAAGCCAAGGUGGUUUCGGCGAGGGGCGGAGUCACACAACUCAGCAGCCCCGCCCUCCUGCUGCAGCCGCAGUGGCGCAUUCACACGAUCGCUGAAGAGCUGCCUGAUGCACAGUCAGGUGUUCCUGCGCUCAUGAGCGUAUCUGAAGUUCUUCACAGCAGCUCCGCCCCUGAGGUCGUCUCCUUUUACGGAGUCAUUACUAAGCGAAUCACAUUGCAGGAGGACAACGGAACCAAAGCCAAGAUCCAAUCGCUGAAGGCUGAGAAAGAUGAAAGCACUGAGCAGGAUCUGCGGGUGCGUUUGACCGUCCAGGAUGCUGAAUGUCCCGGUCAUGUGAUUGACGUGUAUGUGGAUCUGUCAUGUGGUCCGUACACGCUCGGUCUGAUCGCCGGAGCUACGGUUUCUAUCUGUCACGUUCAACGCAAAGUCUCCAGAGCGAGUAACGUGUACUGCCGCUCUCUGCCCAUCAGCUGUGUGAGUGUCACUGAUCUGAUGUCAGUCCGUUCAAGGUCAGACGUGGCUCCGUCUCCUCCUCCCAUGAUGCUCUUGGGUGAGUGGGCGUCGGACCGGGCCCAUCGGUGUGUGCUGGCUCAGGUCAAAGGUCACGUGGUGUGUGUGUUGUCUCUGCGGCUGAAGUGGACGUGUUCUCUCUGCGGGAGCAUCUUCAGACAGACAUCCUGUGGCCGAACUCACCCACCGUGUGACUCCACCAGCGCAGUGUUUCAGGCCGAGGCCAAGGUGGUGGUGGAGGACGGCUCUGCUGACGCUCACGUUUGGUUCUGGUCUGACACCGUCUGCGAUCUACUGAUGUUGAAUGCCAGUCAGUGGGAGGGGCUUCAGAGGCACGUCAAGGUCAAAGGUCAGGUGAAGGUGUACACACGCGGACACAGCAUGACGUGUGACGAGGACCCUGAUGAUGCUGUAGUUCAGUAUCUGAGCUGUUUGUGCUCCAGCACCGCCGUGUGUCGACAGAUUCACCUCACCUGCCGCCUGCGAGCUCAGAGAACAGGGAAAUCUCAGCUGAGGAAAGUUCAUCGAGGGCCAAACUGAAUUCAUUUGCAAAUUCACACCUGCACUGCAGUUACACUGCCAACACAUACACAAACACUAAACACACACACACUGAUACACAAACCAGUGCAGAAUGACUGGUGUGUCGCAGACGUGUGUCAGGUGAUCAGAUGCUGCUCAUUGUUUUAUAUGUUUAAUGUUCUGCUGCUGUUUUUCAGCUUGUUAUUAUAAAUUAUGUUUGUUAUAAAUAUUUUUGUAUUAAAUGCACAGUAAAUAUUGUAUAAUAAACUCUUGUUCCAAAACAGAAAUAAACAAAAUUGUUUU